GCCUGUACCUCUGUUUUGCUUCCUUCACGCACGAGACGAACCAACGUGGCUCUUGUCGAGAGCUUGUUUCAGCUAUUAAAUGUAGUUACAUGCUUAUGAAACAAAGCGUGUGUACGCGAGCACCGACACAACGCAACAAGCCGCUUGACGAGUGAACAGGCAGCUGUCCUCGGGGAAACAUGUUUAACGAGGAUGAAGACUGGAGUGACGAGCAAGACGCUCACAUCCAGAGUAAAACUGCCCUCGAAAACACCCAGACGGUGAACAUCAGCACGACUGUCAAGACCAAGGUUGUUGGUAAAAAGAGCCUGCUGCGGACGCUGCAGACGUUGGGAUCAGUACCGGAGUGGAAGAGCGACGACCACCGGCUGGACAGUGACAGUGAGGCAGAGGCGGCUCCGCCACACGCCAAGAAAAAGAAGAAGAGAAGGAAAAAGAGAAAACAUGCAGAGACAUCAGAGGCGCAGCAAGAGAACAGUGACUUAGAUCAGAGUGUCAAGGUGGAAAAACCUGUGGUAAAAAAGAGGAAAAAAGACAACAAAUCUGGGGCCCAGAAGGUAAAAACCAUGUCUGCAGGCGAAACAAAGGAUAAGGAAAUGACAAAAUCUGAAAAGGUGAACCUGAACGGAACAAAGAACACAGAGGGACUGAGCAGACAGCAGUGGAAAAACAAAAUGAAGAACAAGAGGAAAUGUAAAAAUAAAUACCGCCAGAAUAAUCCUGAGGAGGACGAGAAUAAAACAGAAUCUGCAGAUCAACACAAGCCAAAGGAAGAAGUAAAAACAGAGUCGUAUGGCAACAACAACACCGGAAAAAUGGCUCAGACAGCAGCCCAGAAAAAGAAAAAGGAGAAAGAACAUAAACCACAGAAAAGGAAAAAGGCUGAAGAGGACACCUACAUAUCCUGUGCAUCAGAAAUACAAACACUGAAAGAGGAAAAGCAGUUGACUGGACAAGAGAAAAAAACAAAGGGCGGCAAAGUUGAAAAAGGCGCGGGUGAAUCUUCUGCUGAUGGACAUGAACCUGAAGUGGAGAUCACAGAUGAUCAGCAGCAGUUACCCAUGAAACGACUGAAACCUGAGCUGAGCAAAGAACAGAGUCUGAAAAGAGAGAAGCUGCGGAGGAUGCUCCUUAGCCAGGGAACAGACCAACAAGUGAGUCCUGCGGUGCAGAACAACGGGCCGGCGGUGCCAGGAGAAGAGCUGAAGUGGGACCGCUCUGCCGCCCUCAGGUCCCGCAUGGAGCAGCGCUUGGAGUCGGCUCGUUUCCGCUACAUUAAUGAAGUUUUGUACAGCACGUCCAGCGGCGAGGCGACGCGUAUGUUCAAACAGGAUCCAAAGGCCUUCUGGAUCUACCACAGAGGAUACACUGCACAGGUUCAGAGGUGGCCGGCCAAUCCAGUGGACGCGAUCGUCUCUUACAUUCAGCAAAAACCAUCCUCUCUGGUGGUUGCAGACUUUGGUUGCGGUGACUGUAAAAUAGCACGCAGUGUGAAGAACAAAGUGCACAGCUUCGACCUGGCAGCUGCCUGCGAGCUCGUGACCGUCUGUGACAUGGCCAACGUCCCGCUUGGUGACUGCUCUGUGGACAUCGCAGUGUUCUGUCUUUCCCUCAUGGGGACCAACCUGGCAGAUUUUUUGGCAGAGGCCAAUCGAGUCUUAAAGAUGAGGGGUGUCCUUAAAAUAGCAGAAGUGGCGAGUAGAUUCGACAACGUGCGGAGCUUCAUCACUGCCAUGGCAAGUCUGGGAUUCAAGAUGGUCUCCAAGGAUACAGAGAACUCUCAUUUCUACUCCUUCGAAUUUGUGAAGACGGGAGACGCUCCAGAAAAUAUUAAGAAAUUUGGACUUCAGUUGAAGCCUUGUGUGUACAAGAAAAGAUGAGGAAGUUAGAAAACUUCAUAAAGAUGUAUGUGUGUAUCAUUUUUUUCCCACAUAUUCUUUCUCUCAAUCAGCAUAUCAAUUGAUUAUACUUCUGCGUUUCACUGUUGUUGUUUUUUUUUGGUUUUGUUUUUUUAAAGCAGCACAAAGUUAUAGACUUUUAUUUAAAUGUAUCAUAUUCUUCUGAUAUGAUACAGUUUUUUCACAGAUUUCAACAUAGUUUAAGUAUGUGCAUCAUAUGUACAUGAUUUUUUUUUUUCAUCUAAUACAAUUGUCUGUGAUUAUGUGCCAUCAAUAUUUAAGUGCACGCAGGUUCCCCAUCUAAGCAGAUACCACUUAGGUUCAAUUCAAUGAUGAGUUUGUCUCCUGUGGUUGGAGAUAUGCUACUCAGUGAAAUAAUCUGCCUUAUGUGGUGCUAAGUUAAAGGUGAAACCUACAUACACGGCUACAUGGCACACUGGGUAUACCCUGCUAAUUUAGGCCAUUUUAUAACAAGAGAAGUCAUGUAAAUGUUAGGAUUGUUAUAUGGUAAAAAGAAAAACCCUGAAAAGUCUUGAUGUGAAAUCACAUCCAAUUUCAUGAUGUAAAAUACAAAGUUUUUUUUAAGGUAAUCUCUCCUUUGUGAACGAUUUUAGGAGCACACGUGUACGUAUUUUUAUCUAGAGCUAAGAAAGAGUAAUUGGUGUGGCACUAUAGGUUUGAUAUUGUUAUUUUUAAGAAAUAUUCAGCGAAAGAAACCGUAAAGGCAGAGAGAUGGUAGAGAACUUCUGAGGGAAGAACUCCAAAUGAAACUGAAAUUAUGGGUGCGGUGACUAAAGCCAGAUUCACUCAGUUGCAUGCAUGAUCAUUUGCCACCAGAGGGUGUAACAACACUGCGACUUAACGUGGGAAAGGAGUCCAGUCUUAUCUGCAUCCGGUUCAUAUACUGUAUGAUACUUUAUUUAUAGAAUUACUCCAGUUGUCACAGCAGUUGUCCUCACUA